GCAAUGGUUAACUUGACCCUGUAAGACUCAUGUUGCACGAUACUUCGGAAUUACACUGCAUCGUAUUAAGAAACGAAUUUCAGAGCAGCUCUAGAUUAGAACGCUAGGUGAUCACAUCUAAGCCAUGAGGUUGCUCGAUAAUUGAUGACUGACUUACUGUCCAUUUGUUUUAAUAUAAUUUUGUCGGAAACCUCUCGAGUGUACGAUACCUACUUUGGCUCGCAGUUUGGAUUACUCCCAUCCAUGUAAAAGUGGAAAGAAAUAAUAGUUAGAAAAAGGUACAAGUGCUUAACAGCAGAUGGAAUCAACUCAAGAGAGUUCAGCAUCUCCUAGUGGGAUUCAAUCCCCAUUCAGCGAAUCCAGUUCACUUGAGUCUGGAGUACAUGUAUCUGCUCUUGAAGUACAAGAAAAUCUUGCUCUUCCAAGCAAUAAUAAUGAUAACCAGAAUCAGAUAUGCGGCAUUAAAAUGGAAGGAAGCGAAGAAAUUGAUAACGAAUUGAUUUGCAAAGAUGAAAGUAAAGAUGAAAAGAAAAUCAACCAAGACUCUAGUACUGAUGUAACUAACGAGAAUGCAAACACAAAUCAAAUUAAUGACAGCAAACAUUUUGAGGUAAUGAAUAUACUCAAGCAAACAGAAUACGACCUUUCUCCAAAACCAUCUUCCCAACAGCAGUCAACUCCAUUAUGUAGGGUAUCACCACAAAAACAAGAUACAUCUCCUAAAAAGAAACGUAGACAACAAGGAAUUCAUAAUGAUGGAAGUGAAGAGUCUACAGAAUCUGGAGAUGGAGCUAACAAUAUAGAAGGAGCAAACUGUAGUCAUUUCAAUAAAGCAAUAAAUAUUCAGAAAUUAAGGCGGGCAGUGAAAGAUAGAAAAGUGAAUAACAAAUGUUAUGAUUGCAAUAAACUGGCAAUUAAGUCUAAUAAUAAUGAUGAUGAGUUCUGUGAUGAUCCUCAACUGUGGAUUUGCUUAUUUUGUGGAAAUGUUGCAUGUGGAAGAGGUGAACAGGGUCAUGCAUUAACUCAUUAUGAAAAACCACAUAGUGAUGAACAUUGUUUGGUAAUAAAUACUCAAAUUUGGAGGGUGUGGUGUUAUAAAUGUGAUGACAACGUUAAUAACCAGAAUCAUGCACAUAAAAAAAGGCUGCAAGAAGUUAUUGAUUUGCUUAAAAAGUGCAUAAAAACAAAGCCAUUGGUUCAACUCAAAUCUCCCAUACCAAUGUACCAAAGUGAAACCCUUAGUCUCUCGGAAAAUGAAAAUAAAAACAAACUAAUUGGUUUACCAAAAGUUGGGGGUUUAGUAAAUUUAGGUAAUACUUGCUUUUUUAACUCAGUAUUGCAAUGCCUUGCUCAAACUCCUUAUUUAGUCCAAGUAUUGGAUGACUUGCAAGUGCCUGAUCAAAAAUUUGUACUGCAAGGUGGUAAGCUUAAAGUAAAUAAUGAUGAAGAGAUGACUUCACCGUCUGUGGAACGAGUUUCAGAAACAUCUAUCUCUUUUUCCCGAGUUUUACAGAAAACUCUUUCAGACAUGCAAAAUUCUCAAAGCCAAAUUUAUAGACCAACUGACUUAUUUAAUUCCUUGAGAAAGAAAAAUAAUUAUUACACUGAUGGAGGUCAACAUGAUUCUCAUGAACUUUUGAGACACUUAUUAGAUUGCGCUCGUAGUGAGGAUAGAUGCCAAACCGAGGUUUUAGAAAAAUCUGACGAUAAAUCUAAUCGCAAAAACGUCGACGACAAUUCAAAAGCUCAAGCAAAAUUGUGUGGAAAUCAAACUAGUUCAAAGUUUUUGGCUAUAGAGCGGGUUUUUCGUGGCGAACUGGUCUCAACAUUGGAGUGUUUGGAAUGCGGUCAUACUUCGUGUCGUGAAGAGCCAUUUUUAGAUCUUAGUUUACCUGUAUUGAUUGAUAAAUCGCUGCCUACAUUAAUAAAGAGGAAAAUUACUAAUUUUGAAAAUACAACAGAUUUAAUGGGAAAUAAUAAUAACAAUAACAAUAAUAAUAAUAAUAAUAAUGUUCCCUUGUCUAAGCAUCAAAUAAAAAAAGCUCAGAAAGCAGCUGUAAAAAAUAGGAGAGCUAACAAAAAUUGGAAUAAUAAUGCAUCUACAUCGAAUGUAACCCAUACUUCAGAAGAAAAAAAAGAAUCAGUAGCAGGAUCUGAUGAAAGUGACGCCGAUGUAGAAGAUAAUGCCGAAAACGAUGACAUUUCUGCUCCAGAAGUCAUUGAAUCUGGUUACAGUUCUGAAAAACCAUCAGCAGUUACAAGCCCUGUUUCUUUAUCAGAAUUAAGAUCAAGUGAUAACAAGCCUUAUGGUUUUACCAACUUGAAUCUUGAUGGCGACAGUUCGACCAACGAUGAUAAAGACGAUGCUUAUAAACUACCAUUAACUGAUAGCAAAAUAACAAGUGAUAUUACAAAUAGAAAUGCGAGUUAUACUAAUUUCACUCUUGAUGUUAGUCCAGCAGAUGACGAUAAAGGUGACGCAGAUAAUAGAAACUCUGUAGUGGAUGGAAGUUUGACUUUGUCAACAUCUUUAGCCGUCAAUUCUGACUUUACAAGUCCUGAAGGACCCACUAUCAGUCCUCUAAGUAGUCCACUUACAUCAAAGGACAGUCCUACUAGUCCUAUAUCCAGUGCUGUCGACGGUGAGGACGAAAAAGUAAACAAAUUAGUGCCGAAAGCUGAGAAUGCUGACAAAAAUGAGAGUGACAAAGAAGAAUUAUCUAAGUAUUCACUUUCUACGAAAGUCGCCAGUGGGGCAGUAAGCGGACAUUUGCUUAACGCAGAAAAUAACGUCGGAAGUAGUUUUACAAAUGGCAUUGGUGAUCUAACAUCGAAUAUAUCGAAGUUUGAAUUGUCAAGUUCAAUCAAGUCACCUCAUGGGUAUCCUGUGAAAGAAGGAGAAUGCUCCGUGCAAUUAUGUUUGAAUCAAUUUACAGCUCUUGAAUUGAUGGACGGAAACAACAAAGUUGGAUGUGCCGCUUGUACAGAACGCAUGCAUAAGGGUAAGAAAGGAGCAAAAAUGGUUUGUACAGAAAGUACUAAACAAUAUCUUAUAUCAAAAGUGCCAGUUGUUCUAAUUUUGCACCUAAAAAGAUUCCAAGCACAAAGGUACAACUUCCGUAAGUUAAACAAGCACGUGAGUUUUCCUAUGAUCUUGGAUUUGGCUCCGGUCACCAAAGACUAUGCCAAACCCAGGAUAUAUGCCUUGUACGGUGUCGUCGAGCAUAGUGGCACCUUGUAUGGGGGACAUUAUGUUGCUUAUGUAAAGUCAAGGCAUCAUUUGAAAAAAGAUGAUCCACGUUGGUCAUUUCUACCAUCCAAAGAUGGAUUUGAAAAUAAUUCGCCCAAUAAUUCGCCUAAUGAUUCUAACUCUGAAUUGAAUAUUGUUGAAGUUGAUGGUGCUAAGAGCUCACAAAUCGAACCACCACCUGGACGUUGGUAUUACGUAUCCGAUUCUAAAGUUCAGGAAGUAGACGAGAAAACCGUUUUGAGUAGCGAGGCUUACGUGCUAUUCUAUGAGAGUUCCCAGAUAUGCUGAAGCAUCCUGUCGGAAUCCCACCCCAGAUAUGAUUUGUUUAAAAGAGACGAAAGAUAUUCACCUCAUCAAAUUAGAAUAAGCCAAAGAAUCAUAGUUGGAAUUCCUGGUCAACGAUUGAUUCUGC